UCUCCACAGUCCUCCUCCGUGCUGUUCUGGCGUCUGAACACCCGCAACAACCCUUCGAAUUCAGCGACAUGUCUGCUCCGACCUAUACCCUGCCACCGCUCCCGUACGCUUAUGAUGCUCUGGAACCCCACAUCUCCGCCCAGAUAAUGGAGCUGCAUCACAACAAGCAUCACCAGACGUACAUUACAAAUCUGAAUUCCGCUCUCAGAUCCCAAGCCGAGGCUGUGCAUGCUUCGGAUAUCACCACUCAGGUCUCUCUGCAGCAAGCCAUCAAGUUCAACGCCGGAGGUCACAUCAACCACUCCCUCUUCUGGCAGAAUCUCGCGCCGGCCAGCUCCGUGGAUGCGAAAUCGUCUUCUGCGCCGGAACUGAUUAAGCAGAUCAAGGCUACUUGGGGAGAUGAAGAGAGUUUCCGCGAAGCUUUCAAGGCUGCUCUGUUGGGUAUUCAGGGCAGUGGAUGGGGAUGGCUCGUCAAGGUUGAGACGGGUAAGGAGCAGAGGCUCGCCAUCGUGACGACCAAGGAUCAGGAUCCUAUCGUUGGGAAGGGGGAAACUCCCAUCUUUGGUGUUGACAUGUGGGAGCAUGCCUACUACCUUCAGUAUCUGAACGGUAAGGCCUCAUACGUUGAGAACAUUUGGAAUGUAAUCAACUGGAAGACAGCAGAGGAGCGGUUCAAAGGCACACGUGCCGAUGCUUUCAGAAUUUUCAAGGCUUCCAUUUAGGUCGCAAGUCAAAUCAAAACCUAAUCGUCAUACUGCGCAUCUUCCGUGCCUUUCUGGUUCAAGCAGUCGACCCGUUGUAGUUGAGCAGCGGGUCUUGGCAUUUGGCCAAUCAGUUAUAUUUAUUCCCUCAUCCGCCAACAAUAUAUGGUCGAUUGCAUACGGCUCAGAUUUAUUCAAGAACUGUCAAACUUAACAACAUAUCCUCCUCUCUCAGCAAGCACAAUGUGUCACGGCAACUCAACUCGCGCA